AAAGCACUUAUAAAGAAUUACAAGAUUCACUAAGAAAAGAACAUGAGAUGCUCAUUCAGCGUAUUACUUGUUGUAAUAAAGACUUUAUUAAUAUUAUACCUAAAAACAAGUGGAAUCUUAGAAAAUUAGAGAAUAUGAGUUUAUCUAAUAUGUCCUCACUUUUCCAAGAUCUUUAUCAAUCAUAUGCAAAGCACCUUGGAUUGAGAAAUGCAUUCUUAAAUAAGAAACUUGUGUUUUAUGAUUAUAUUACGUACAUUGUUCUCAAUAUCAAAGAUCCUGUUAAAUUAAAAUUUCAUGUUGGUGAUAUUAUAGAGCUGGUUGAAAAUUCUGAGAAAAUCAUUUAUACUAGGAUUAGAACAAUAUUUACACAUCAAGGAACUAGUGAGAAGACCUAUGCAUUUUUUCAAUGUGACAGAUUUCAGGAGAUGAAUGUUGUUGAUCCAAUACUUGGAUGUCUACUCUAUAAAGUUCGAGCAUCUGAAGGGGCAUACAUUUUCCUAAUAAAUUAUGUUAAUCAUAUUCCCCAAAUAUCUACGGUGCUGGGAUAUCAAUCAAGUGAGGAUGCGACUAUAGAUGAUGCU